AUGCCUGGAAAGGUGAUAUGCUCUCCAGAAGCCCUCUGCAUGAAACCAUUCUCACAACAUGAAGGCUAUGGACAGUUAGUCCGGACAGAGUUGGGCUCACUUUGUAGAGGAACACUGGUUGUCCCUAAGAGCUGGGCUUCGGCUCUGGGCUUGCAAGAGAAGCAGGAAGUUAUCUGGGAUAUGCUUCAUAUUUCCCAGGGCAGUCUCCUGACCCUGUAUGGCUUUGUCUGGGGAGAUGAGAACCUGGAAGACAACAGCACUCUUCUGGGGGAACUAGGCGCUGAGUUAAAGGACUAUUAUAAACAAAUUGCCCAAACAUUAAAGCAGACGUUGUUAAACCAUGGUUAUAUUGCGAAAAUAGGUAUUAUAGUCAAGAUAACGUACUUGGGUCAUAAGACAAUAUGUCUUUAUGACUCAAGCUCGAAAAUAUGUUACCCCCAAACAUAUUAUCUGACGAUCAAGACAGUAAAGGACUUAGAAAAAGCUCUUGCUGGAGUUUUAGGAAGUUAUGAGUCUUUCUACAGUUUACCGUGA